UCAAAAUUAGAGGAGGUUAGGGAUAGGAAUAGGAUUAUCUUAUCCCGGCUUGGCAUUCCGAUGUCGAUAACAGAAUUCAUUCUCCAGGAAGUUCCGCAUUGGGACGAUGAACUGCUGGCCAGGGCUCGAUUUAAGGCUUUCAGUGGCCAAAGGUCGGAUUGGCAACCCAUCUUUCUUUUCUGGAGAGAUCUGAUCCUCAACGUCGCUCGCCACUUUCACAUUCUCCUCCUCCGACCUUCCCAGGUAAAGGACUGGUUCAAUCGAGGAGGCUUGACCCCAUUAUGCCUCGACCAUGUAUUGCUUGUAAUGUAUAAUGAAGGUGAUAUUGUACCAAGUGAGCAACUUGUGGAUCCUACAACCGGGCAACUCUAUCAGAUUUUCAGAAAAGUAAGAAAUUUUAUGGUUAGACCCAUCACUACUCCUCAACACAUCAACACCCAAGAUGUUUUCGUUGUCAUGUCAGUGUUGAAGGAUAAAGCUACCCAGGUUGUCAAUCUUUUAUCUCAAACUCAUUGGACUUGCUCUUGUAUUGUUACUAUGGGAAGGUUUCGGGAAAUAUGUGGAGGUACAACAGAUGAAGCUUCUGCUCUUUUCAGCUUCCUUUCAUCUCAAGGGAAGGCACGCCAUCUUUCUGUGAAUAGGGGGGAUAUUAUUCAGGGUGUUAAAGUCUCCCUCUCAAGAACACCUGUUUCUAGUAUUUCAAGUUUAGACUGUGAUGUUCUGCACUUGAUCUGGACUACAGAAAAGCUUGAGCAACAACAUCUUGUGAUUGACCAACGUUGUGAAAGGUCCAGAAAAUCAGCAAUAGCUUCAUUAAAUUCUGGAAACAAGAAUGUGGCUUUGAGACAUAUGAGGGCACUAAAAUUGGCUAAUAAUAGUAGAGAAAAAUGCACUACGCUUUUGAAUAGGGUAGAGGAAGUUCUUACUGUAAUUGGAAAUGCUGAAUCCACAAAAAAGGUUACUGAAGCCAUCCGAAUUGGAGCCCAAGCAAUAAAAGAAAAUAAGAUGAGUGUGGAAGAAGUUCAACAUAGUUUAGAAGAACUUGAGGAGAGCAUUGAUUUACAGAAGCAAGUAGAAAAUGCGUUAGAAUCUACACCGUUGUAUACAUCUGUUGAGGAUGAAGAUAUUGAAGAGGAGUUUAACAAAUUAGAGCUGGAGAUCGGAAGUGGAGAAGAUCCCCAUCGACCGAUUCCAAAGGUGGUGGCUCACAGUACAGUUGGGGAAACGGAGGGGUUGGAAUCGGCCGAAUCAUUGACCGAUCUGUUCUCAAAUCUCAAGGUUGCAGAUGACCCUUCAAGUAGUACAGUGGAUGGGAAUAUUGCUGCCAAAGAAACAAAAACUCUUGUACUGGAAGCUGCCUAGCUAAUCUAACAACUACUCUUUUUAAGGCAAAUGUUUGGCUGCCUUAAUUAAUGCAUGUAUAGACUACACGUUUCAAAUGGGUAAAUAUUUUGAUGUUGUAUUUGAUUGGUGAUAUUAUAAAAUAUUGAGAAGUAAAGAAGAA